AAAGCGUCUCGUGCACCUCCGCGGGCUCUCCUUCUCGGGGUCCUCGCUUGCGCCCGCGCCCCGCUUCCGCGGCCCCGCGCCCCGAUGGCCACCGCCUGGCUUCAGAGCUCCCUGCGCGGAGCCCUCUGCAGGCAGCUGCUGCUGACCCUCAUGGUCUUCAGUUUUGAUGGGGAAGCCUGCAGAAAGGUGAUAUUUAAUGUACCAUCUAAACUGGAAGCAGACAAAAUGGUUGGCAGAGUUAAUUUGAAAGAGUGCCUCAGGUCUGCAGACCUCAUCCAUUCAAGUGAUUCUGACUUCAGAGUUCUAGAUGAUGGGUCGGUGUACACAGUUAGAGCUGUUGUGCUGUCUGAUGAGAAAAUGUCAUUCACCAUAUUGCUUUCUGACACAAAGAAACAGAUACAGAAAGAGAUUACUGUGCUCCUGAAACAUCAGAGGAAGGUAUUGAAGAAAAGACAUACUAAAGAAACUGUCCUCAGGCGUGCCAAGAGGAGAUGGGCGCCUAUUCCUUGUUCAAUGCAAGAGAAUUCUUUGGGCCCUUUUCCUUUAUUUCUUCAACAAGUUCAAUCUGAUGCAGCACAGAACUAUACCAUCUUUUACUCAAUAAGUGGGCGUGGAGUUGACCAAGAACCACUAAAUUUGUUUUUCAUAGAAAAAAACACUGGAAAUCUGUUUUGUACCCGACCUGUGGAUCGUGAAGAAUAUGAUGUUUUUGAUUUGAUUGCCUAUGCAUCAACUGCAGAUGGGUAUUCAGCAGAUUUACCUCUUCCACUGCCCAUCAAAGUGGAGGAUGAAAAUGACAACCAUCCUGUUUUCACAGAAGUAAUUUAUAACUUUGAAAUUCCAGAAAGUAGUAGACUUGGUACUACAGUGGGAGUGGUUUGUGCCACGGACAGAGAUGAACCAGACACGAUGCAUACACGCCUGAAGUACAGCAUUUUGGAGCAGACACCAAAAUCUCCUGGGCUGUUUUCUGUGCAUCCCAGCACAGGAGUAAUCACCACAAUCUCUCAGUAUAUGGACAGAGAGGUUGUAGACAAGUACACGUUGAUAAUGAAAGUACAAGACAUGGAUGGUCAAUUUUUUGGAUUGAUUGGUACAUCAACUUGUAUUAUAACAGUAAAAGAUUCAAAUGAUAACGCACCUACUUUCAAACAAAAUGCUUAUGAAGCAUCAGUAGAGGAAAAUACAUUCAAUGUGGAAAUCUUACGCAUACCUGUAGAAGAUAAGGAUUUAACUAACACUGCCAACUGGAGAGCCAAUUUUACCAUUUUAAAGGGAAAUGAAAAUGGACAUUUCAAAAUCAGCACAGACAAAGAAACUAAUGAAGGUGUUCUGUGUGUUGUAAAGCCACUGAAUUAUGAAGAAAACCAUCAAGUGAUCCUGGAAAUUGGUGUAAGCAAUGAAGCUCCAUUUACUAGAGAUGUUCUACCCAGAUUGACAACUAUUAACAGAGCCUUGGUUACUGUUCAUGUGAAGGAUCAGGAUGAGGGGCCUGAAUGCAGCCCUGCAGCCCAAUACAUACGGAUUAAAGAAAACUCACAAGUGGGGUUAAAGAUCAAUGGCUAUAAGGCAUAUGACCCUGAAACUAGAAGCAGCAAUGGUUUAAGGUACAAAAUAUUGCAUGAUCCUAAAGGAUGGAUCACCAUGGAUGAAACUUCGGGGUCAAUCAAAACUUCUAAAAUCUUGGACAGGGAGGCUGUAACUUCCAGAAAUGAGUUAUAUAAUAUUACCGUCAUGGCAAUAGACCAAGCUGGUAGAUCAUGUACUGGAACUCUUGCAGUGAACAUUGAAGAUGUGAAUGAUAAUGCACCAGAAAUACUUCAAGAUUAUCUAGUAAUUUGCAAACCAAAGAUGGAAUAUACUGACAUUUCAGCUGUUGAUCCUGAUGAACCUGUCCAUGGAGCUCCGUUUUAUUUCAAUUUGGCAAACACUUCUCCUGAAAUCAAAAGAAUAUGGACCCUCUCCAGAGUUAAUGAUACGGCUGCCCGUCUUUCAUAUCGGAAAAAUGCUGAAGCUCAAGAAUAUAUCAUUCCCAUUACUGUGAAAGAUAGAGCAGGUCAAUCUGCAACAAAAAACUUGCGAGUUAAUCUGUGUGAUUGUACCCAUCCAAGUCAGUGUCGCUCGGCUUCAAGGAGUGCGGGAGUAAUACUUGGAAAAUGGGCGAUCCUUGCCAUAUUAUUGGGUAUAGCACUACUAUUUUCUGUAUUGCUAACUUUAGUAUGUGGAAUUGUUGGUGCCACAAAAGGAAAAAGGUUUCCUGAAGAUUUAGCACAGCAAAACUUAAUUAUAUCAAACACAGAAGCACCUGGAGAUGACAGAGUGUGUUCUGCCAAUGGAUUUAUGACCCAGACGGCCAACAACUCAAGCCAAGGCUUUUGUGGCACGUUGGGAUCAGGAGUCAAAAAUGGAGGGCAGGAGACCAUUGAAAUGGUGAAAGGAGGACACCAGACCUUGGAAUCCUGCCGGGGGGCCGGGCAUCAUCACACCCUGGAUUCCUGCAGGGGAGGACACAUGGAGACGGACAACUGCAGAUACACUUACUCGGAGUGGCACAAUUUCACCCAGCCUCGUCUUGGUGAAAAAUUGCAUCUAUGUAAUCAGAGCGAAGACCACAUGCCAUCUCAAGAUUAUGUCCUUACGUAUAACUACGAAGGAAGAGGAUCUCCAGCUGGUUCUGUAGGCUGUUGCAGUGAAAGACAGGAGGAAGACGAACUUGACUUUUUAAAUAAUUUGGAACCCAAAUUUGUUACAUUAGCAGAAGAAUGUACAAAGAGAUGAUGUCACAAUUAGGU